AUGCUCGAGCUCGACGUCGAGCUGCUCUGUCGGGCUGCCCCUUCCAAAAUGGCCACUUAUAUUCGAGAUCAGACACGGGCGCGUUCCGAAGCUGCUGUCUCACGCAGUCUGCUGUACCUCAUUGAGAUUGAGGCCGUCGCUUCGGACAUUUCCCGAACUUGGCUGAGUAUCGCCAAGGAUGCCAGAUCGCUCUUGCUCGCUCUCCAGCAGAACGCUUCGGCUCGUCUCCGACACUGUGCCAUCGAACGCUUUGGAGCUUGGCUCAAAGGUAAAGAAUGGCGAGCAGCCUGGGAUGCGCUCGGAGGUGCGCAGGGCAUAGCUCAGCUGCUGCGCUACUUUUCCGCCUCUCAAGUCUACUCCUUCACUCGCAUCGUCGGCCGCAGCGUCAGAGGCAGGCCAUCUAAAGGCAAGCUCGAGAAGAGAGAGGCGGUGACACAGCUACUCUCGCUUCUCGUUCCCCAACUCAGCGCUGACCAUACCGAGUCCGCGGACUCGACCGGAUCGAUCAACACAGACGAUCGCAAUCUCGCACAUGCAUACUCGUCGCUAGUGCCAGCAUGUACGCCAGAGAUGGCGUACACCGUGCUCUUCGGGCAGCAGACGGCCAUGACGCUUCGAGGCGAUCAGCGACACUUGCUCAGAGAGCAUCCGCAGCUUUUCAUCCAAGAUGCGCUCUCCUCGACCCCGCCAAAGUCGAAUUGGCUCGAUCAAGACAAGUUCCUGCCGGCUGUACUUCUCGCUGUCACGCACGACACGAGCAUCCAAGAAGACCCCGAAAAGCUCGAUCGCUUCCUCACCAGAACCAUCGAAUCCAUUCUGAUUAACGGACGUCAAGUAGGCAGCGGUCUUCUGACUCCAGACACCGCACUUAUCAAGAAGCUAUUUGCACAGCGCCGUCUGGAUCUUCUGCUUCGAAAAAGGAUCAUCGAGAUCAUUCUUCGUGCCCUGUCGAAACUUGAUCAUCGAGUUCCGAGCAUGGCAGCUGCACUCAAAGAGCAAGCAGCUCGAUCUUGGUCUCGAGCCCCUUCCGUGUUACAAUCUGUUCUUCGAGAGCUUGUGCUGCCUGAGUCUGUCUUCAAACGUCAAACUACCUUUGCUAAGCUGCAAAAACACGUGCGUCCAGAUCAGAGAUGGGCACUCCUACAGCUCAUGUUCUGUUCCGAUCACCAGACUCCACCAUCCGAGGUCGACGCGGCCCAGCUCCUGGACGAUCUGCUCUCGACUGAUCCCUACUGGCAAAAAGUGCACAUCUCUGUCCUUCUCGCUUUGCCCUCACACCAGGCUCUCCUGCUCGUCGAUCGAAUCGCCGCCCGACCUUCCCGCGACGACAUCAUCAUCUUGGCAAAUCACAACUCCAUUUUGCGCUUCACCACCACUGGUCGCCUUCUCGAUGUUGACAUGGUGCGUUUCGAGCUUCAACGAGAUCACGCUUCGGAGGACCGCGUAUCGUUCGCGAAAGCAGCAGUACAAGAUUACAUGGAUAGAGCUUCACGAAGCUCGGAAGCAGCGGAUCGUGAACAUCUUGCUCGCAGCGCAAUGCACUGGGCCGUCUGCAGUCGAUCCAUCGAUCUAUACACCCGUACCGUCAUCUGGUUGCGUCGAUUUAUUCGCGAUGUCACUGUCGCGCGCUCUCUCUUCUCCGAAGAGACGCUCUAUCUGCGCGAAACCAUCCAGCUCCUCUCAGGCAUUCCGCAGAUCCUCGGCCACCAAGUCACUGCUGAGCAGAUCCACCUCAUCAUCCUUUCGGCCAACAAAGCAAUCUGGGAAUGGUUCGAGACGACUCGCAAGUCCUUGCUUGAGCCCAGCUUCAGCGUUCAGAACACGGCAGGCGCUCGUCUACUCAUUCGGCCCGUCGUCGUCGAACGCAUGCGCAGGAUCGACCGAUUACAAGCACAUCUCGGCUUCGACACUGAUGCCAUCUCUAAGCUCGUCUGGGACGAUACCGUUGACUUGCUGAUUCGCAUCGAAAAAGCGUGCAUGGAACCAAACUGUCGCCGCCUGGGUGUGUACCAAAUCUCCGGUCUUCUGGGCACAGAGAUUGGCGAAAACUUCUUCUCGUCAGACGCCCUCACGAUUCGAAGUGCGGCUGGCUUUUCGUUUGUGGAAAAGCUCUUCAUCGCUCGAGACGCGCUAUGGAAGCAGCAUCGAAUCGGUCUGAAUCCAGCCGUCGCCAAGUUGCCUCGCGGCGUCCCUCAGGGUCUUCCUUUGCACGUUGCAACGAGCAUCUGGGAUUUGAGCCAAUUUUUGCCUAGACAUCCGGACUGCUUCUUGCUCCAGAGGGCGAAGUGUGUCGUCUUUGCCGAAGCCGAGGUCUUGCUUCAGCCUCUGUCGCAGAGCGAGGACACCGGGGCUGCCGAAGAAUGCCACGAAGAUUACACAUUCUGCUUGCUCUUGCUGAUCAAGGCACAGCGCAGCAUUAGCCAAAAGCAACGAGUUGUCGAGGCAGCCUUUUGGCAUGCUGUUGCCGUCUUGUCGAAAAGGAUGCCGAUGCACGAAGCAGAGGCAGAGCUCCGAGAGAAUUUUUCAAUCAGGCUCCACUGCCACGCCAUUCCGAUAUUCCCAUCUCUCUUUGCGCCAUCUCCCUAUCCGCAGUUGCCAAGCAGCCGAGAUGCCGAAGGGACGUCAAGGUUACCAAUCGAAUGGGAUCCGAAUAUGCUCGGCAGCCCUCCAACAUUCUCAAGACGCGAAUUGGAGAACACCAUCUUCGAUGAGAUGCUUGACAGCAAUGCCUGGUUGAACAUGCACGAUGGCACCCUGUGCUACUACUCAUCGGAGUUCAGUGACACAGUUCCUAUGAGAAGCCCAAGAAACGUGAGAGAACGGCCGCAACGACGGGCCUUGGACGUCCCUCUUGUUGGCUGCAAGGCAAGCAACCAAGGACUGGACGGCAAUCGGGUGGUCGACAAGAAUGGACAGACCCUCUUCUGCAAAGAUCAGAUCAGGACAAUCAGAGAAGCACAGAUCGCAUGGCAUCUUAUGCUAUACGAUGAGAUUUGCCUCGGUGUCAAGACUGGCCAAACCGCGCUGAGGCUGCCGUUUCCAGAUCCACAACAUGCUCGAUACCCAAGGGUGGUGCUCAGUCGCUCCUUUGUCGACACGGCGCGCACACGGUUAGAAGAUGACCGGCUCAUAGCUCACAUGCUCAAGCACCUUAGAUCUCGGAUCCCCCCAUCCAUCCUGCGAGAUUUGACGCAACGUAUCAUGGCUGCGCGUGCAAACAAGCAGCUGUCGUGGGGCGAUCAGCUGCCCACUCACUUUCUGCGCAGCUUGAUCGCGAGCGAUCGCCCCAGCGAGGCUGUCGAAUUGGUGCUGCGUUCCGUGCUGGAUAAUGCAGAGGACAGCUCGUGGCAUCGUGUGCUGUUCUCGCAACGGUUCUUGGAACGGCUGCCUGCUUCAGAUGCAUGCAAAGUCAUGACGAAGAUGGCUGCCGAGAUCCUGCAGCGUACCGGUGCCCGAUCGAGCGACUCGAAGGGCUCUGGAGCUGGCAUCAAGAUUUCCACCGUCAAGAUGCUCGCACAGACGCUUGGUCGAUCCGACAUAGUCCCGAUCACGGUCGCUGUCGACACGCUCGCAAAGCUACUUGAUCGGAGCGACCACACCGACGUUCGUUUCGCCGCAUUAUCAUCGAUGCUCGAGCUGAUCUGCACGCGUCCAAGCACGGACGAUGCCCUAACAAAGCGGCUUAUCCCAGAGCUUGACCGCUUUGUGCACGUUCUAGCCGCUCUAGACGAGAAUCAUCCGGCUCAGUCGUUCGAGGAGUGGGGCGAGGGAGUCUUGCCGGGCGUGUACGAACGAGUCGGUAUUCCAAGCACCGAUCUGGAUUGCAUGAAGGGGCUUCCAAGGACGUUUGAGCUCGUCUCACAGAUGAUGACGAAGCACAAGCUGUGGGCACCGAUCCUCAUGCAGCGGACCGUGUUGCCAGCGAUGGAGGAAUCGAUCAAGCUACAUCGACGAUGGCUGGAUCGCUUCUUGUCGCGCUUCUCGCUGUCGGUGGACAGCCUUGGCCUGCCGGUGCCGCCAGUGAAGCCGGAGAUGCUAAACAUCCUCUUGACGCAGCACGCAGCCUUGACGCCGGACUGGAUUGCCGAUCUGUACUGCCAGCAUCUGCUGUUCAACAUUCGACCGCCAGCGCAGGUGAAAGGGCUUAAACGAAAGUUGAAGAACACGGAGGACAAUGCCGAGAAGCACUGGCUGGCAACGACCUCGAAGCCGAAGCUGAUGUACUCUGGCUCACCUCCUUUCUUGCAAAAGUUCGUGUACGGUGUGGCAGAGUCUGCUUCGAGCCAGAGCGCCAUUCACGACAUGCUGAAGGAACGAGCGUAUGCCGUCUCUAGAGCGGAAGAGGUCCUUCAUGCCAUGUUGGACGAUAUGCUCGAAUCGAGUUGGGUCGAUGAGCAAUCCUUCGGAAGUAUCGUGUCUCAGCUUCGACAUCAAAGCUUUGGUGACGGCAAGACCGUACGGGCGAGAUCUGUGGCUUGGCAGCUGUGCCUGCGACCGAUACUGGAGAAGGUGAUCGCCAAAGUCGACGGUCUACGUACGCCGGACUGGCAGCGUAAUGUGGGAAGGAAGCCGCGUUUCCUGCCGAGCAUGAUGAGGCAUCGGCUAGAUCUGCUCCCUUAUCCGGAAGAUGCAGAGCCGGCCUUGUCAGCAGAGGAGAAGGUCAGGCAAUGCAAAGCGUUUGCUGAUGCCAUCGCCGAGCAUGUCAAGGCGCUAGUCAGUCGUGGAAUGCCGUACAAGAGGGAGAUGUCAGAGCUCCGAUUUGCGGCGACCAACUGCGCUGUGAUUCAUCAGGCCGGCGUAGCUCUUGCUCUCGGUCAGCUCGACACGGGCGAUCACGUCGAGUGCCUUUGUGUGGAUAUAGCAGCGAAACUGCUCUUGACGGCCAGCUGCACGACAGAAGAGGUCGAGAGCAUUCAGAAGAUGGUAGAAGCGUGGAGCCGAUGCGAGGUGGAGUGGAUCCGGACACGGCUGGAUGAGCUGGUUGGCGCACGAUCAAGCUACACGAUGAACGAUGCCAAGCUGGAGAAAGCGCUCAGGGAGAAGGAGAUGCGGGACUCGGACGACGAUGACACAGACGAGGAUCAGGACGAGCAGGGUCCGCCAAGUGACAACCUUCAGACGGCGAUCUGGACGAAGAUCGACUGCUAA